UCGGAGUUGUAGUUUAUUUUUGAGAGCGUGCGAAAGCAAGUGUGUCCGUUGAUUUUUGAAAAAUGGAAAAAAAGCAGUAUCGGUCGGUGAUUCGAUUCUUGUUUUUGGAAGGGAAAUCGCGCAGCGAAAUCAAAAAGUGCUUAGAUGUUGUGCACGGUGACUCUUCUCCUUCGAUGUCGACCGUUAAAAAUUGAUUUAACGAGUUUUAACGUGGUCGCACGUCGAUUUUUGAUGAGCCACAUGGCGAGCACAAAAUGUGAUCUACAUCGACUAUCUGGAUAGGGACAAAACGGUCACAGGCUGUACUAUGCCGAAUUAUUGGGCCGAUUCGACGUCGAAUUGCAGAAAAAACGGGCCCAUUUAGCGAAGAAAAGUGCUCUUCUACCAUGACAACGCAUCGGCUCACACCUCCGCCGUCGCCAUAGCCAAAUUGGUCGAAUUAGGCUACGAACUGCUGCCCCAUCCACCGUAUUCUCCAGAUUUAGCCCCGUGCGCCUUCUUUUUGUUUCCAAACUUGAAAAAGUCAGGGCAGAAAUUUGAGUCGAAUGAGGAGUGUGUUUCUUGACAUCCUAGUUGUACGCGACGACAAUGGCACCAACGCUCAGCAAACUCGCCACCAGGAAAAGUGUAGCCUCGGUUGCUGCCAUAGGUGCUGUUCUUUGGUUGUUAAGUCGUAAACGCAGCAAGAAACGUUACUACUCGAGCAGCAAACCGAAGAAUACUUGGCCACCCAACAAUGACGUUCAGUAUGUUAUCAAGGAGGAGAAGCCUAAGAAACCAAAAGCACAUGUGGACAAAGAAUUCUUUAAACAGUUGAAACAAUUACUUGCAAUAGGAAUACCUGGAGUGAUAUCUGUCGAAUCAGGCUAUGUAUUACUGGUGGCUGUUUCUUUGGUUGCAAGGUCCUUGUGUGAUCUGUGGCUCAUUCACACUGGCACACUCAUUGAAACAUCAAUUGUCAACAUGGACUUGGAUUUGUUUAGGAAACGAUUGUUCAGAUUCAUUGCUACAAUGCCAGUGAUAUCAGUAGUCAAUAAUAUUCUAAAGUACAGCAUUGGAGAAACAAAACUGAGACUAAGGACAAAUAUAACGCGUUUUUUGCUGGAUCAAUAUUUGAAAGGAUUUACAUACUACAAGAUGAGUAAUUUAGAUACAAGAAUAGCCAAUCCUGAUCAAUUACUGACUGCAGACGUAGACAAAUUCUGUGAAAGCUGCACAGACUUAUAUAGCAAUAUUGCCAAGCCAACAUUGGACAUUUUUAUUUAUGUUUAUAGACUUACCUCUACUCUUGGUGGUCAAACUCCAUUUUUAAUGUUGACAUACCUUCUUGUUGCUGGAACAUUCUUAACUCACUUAAGAAAACCUAUUGGUACAUUGACUGUGAAAGAGCAGAGACUGGAAGGAGAGUACAGACACAUUAAUUCACGACUCAUCACUAACUCUGAAGAAAUCGCUUUCUAUCAAGGAAACACACGAGAAAAAUUAACUCUUCUGGCCAGUUUCCAUAAAUUGGUGUCACAUCUCAGACAUUUCUUGGAAUUCAAAGUAAUUAUCGGCGUCGUGGAUAACUUCAUUGGCAAAUAUGUCGCGAGCGUUGUUGGAUUUUACGCGGUAAGCAUACCCUUCUUCAAAAAGGAUCAUCCACUGUUAACUGGAAGUCCAGACCACAGAUUUAAGGCCUAUUACACUUAUGGACGUAUGUUGGUAAAAUUAGCUGAAGCAAUUGGUAGAUUAGUACUGGCUGGUCGUGAAAUGACAAGACUUGCUGGAUUAACCGCUCGAGUAACUGAGAUCCGGAAAGUACUGAGUGACCUGAAUGACAACAAGUACGAGAGGACGAUGAUUACCGAUCCUAAAAAUAAUCCUAUCGGAUCACCUGGAGCUGGAAAGAUACUUGCCAGAGACAAUAUCAUUCGUUUUGAGGCUGUACCCUUGGUUACACCUAACGGCGAUGUUCUUAUCAAGGAGCUCACUUUCGAGGUUAAAUCAGGCAUGAAUGUACUGGUUUGUGGACCAAAUGGUUGUGGAAAAAGUUCGCUCUUUCGUAUUUUGGGAGAGUUAUGGCCUGUAUGGGGUGGUGUAAUGACGAAACCACCUCGUGGAAAGCUGUUCUACAUUCCUCAAAGACCAUACAUGACAUUGGGAACUUUAAGAGAUCAGGUAAUUUAUCCACACACUCGAGCUGAGAUGAUUAGACGAGGUAACGCCAAAGAUGAGGACCUACAAAAGUACCUGGAUCUUGUUCAAUUGGGACAUCUACUGGAGAGAGAAACUGCACCUGGCGAACCCCAAGGUUGGGAUGCUGUUGCUGACUGGAUGGAUGUGCUGUCGGGUGGUGAAAAACAAAGAAUAGCGAUGGCAAGGUUGUUUUACCAUAAACCUCAAUUCGCUAUUCUUGACGAAUGUACAAGUGCCGUUAGCGUUGACGUCGAAGACUCGAUGUAUUCGUACUGCAAGAAGGCUAACAUAACUUUAUUUACUGUGUCUCAUCGACGAUCUCUUUGGAAACAUCAUGAAUACUAUCUCCAGAUGGAUGGACGUGGUAACUACGAGUUCAAACCAAUUGAGCCUGAUACUGAAGAAUUUGGCUCUUAAUUUUAUAUACUUUUGAUGGGAUGGUACAAGAGAAUUUUUUAAGACAAUGUCAAUUUAGAAUAAUUAUAUAUGUGUAAUGCAUUUUUAUAAGAGGUUACGGAGUUGAUAGUGCAAUAGAUAUGACUCCUAUGAGGAGACGAACGUUAUUUCAAUUUGGGAUAAAAAAGGGUUAAAGCAAAAAAGCAACACCAGUUGUCACAGUGCUGAAAAAAUAGUAUAUUUUUGUAUCAAUGUUUUUAUAUGUCGCUUUAGAUUAAUUCUUUUUCUGUUUCUCUUCCUUAUGACUAUAUACAUAAUUAAAUGGUAUAAUUUUGCAAAUGGUUCAAAGAAAUUCUAUACCAUUUCAUUUUAUUUUUAAUUAACUAUGUAGAUUGUAUAUAAGAUUAAUUUUGUAAAAUUUAAUAUUAUUUUCUUCUAGCAAACAAGAAUUUGAUAUACAAAUGUAGUUGAUUUAGAGCUUAAAGAAGAUACCACAAGGACUUACAAAUAAUAGGUUUAAUGAAUGAAUAUACUAUGCAAAUUUAAGUCACAAAGAAAGUGCACAAAGAACUUUUGAAAACGCGAUUGUUGCCACUAUAUUCUACCUAAAAGUAGAGAAUUAUAAAUUUUUAGGUGAAAUAAGUAUAUUGUUCUAACAGUGAAUUAUUCACCGUAUAUAUAUAAUGAGAAUUAUAUACAGACUAUGAAAAAUAGUAAAACAUUGAAGAAAAAGACAUUGUAUAUUUUUUACAUAAGUUCUAAAUAGAUACUUUUAGAAAUAAUGUCAUCUGUGUUCUGGCCAAAACGAUUUUUUUAUUGUUGUUGGAAUGGGUGGUCAUUGUUAUGUGUAGAUCGCAUUCGUUGUAAAUAUUAAUGUUAAACAACAUGUAUGUAUAUGUGGGAUUGCUGGACAAUAAAAAAAUUAAUCAAUUUAAUAAGAUUAUCAAAUUUAUAGUGUAUUAACUGCCUUUUUCUUAAGUAUUAGUACCUACACUUUGAAUUCAUUUUAAAUCAAGUAAAACAUAGAUGAUAAAAAUAUCAGAUACAUGUUAGUAGAGGGAGUAUCCACGCUAUCAUUGUUUAUUGCGACAAUGUAUUAAUUAUUUAAAAAGAUGGUAUUAUUUGUUAAUUUUCGUUGU